AGAAGCCAGGAAAAGGAAAACCACCGAGGCCAAACACGGUGCAGAAAAAGGUAGCAAUGGUAAAAAACCAAAUUCACAUGGAAAGCAAGGUCACCCUCACGGAGGAGAAGACAAUAACUCCAGUGAACAGCCGAACAAACACCCCGGUCACAGACGCCGUCCGCAUCACCGAGGCCAGCAAGAAGGAUCUGAAACGACUCCAAAAGGAAAACAACCAAAUGAGGAAGAUGACUCCGCCGAAGGAAGGAAUAAAAAGCCAUCUGAAGUAGGCAAAGGAAGCAACAAAAAGCCUGAAGAAGACAAAGGGAGGAAUCGAGAUGAUGACGAAAAUGAUGAGACUGGAAAUAAAAAAGAGAAGGGAAGAAAGGGUGGGAAAGGAAGACAUCCGGUAAAGAAAGGCAAAGGAAAGAAGCCUAACGAAGAUAGGAGCUACGAGAAAUCAGAAAACAGUGAAGAAAGCGAUUCCAGUGAAUACGGACAUGACAGUUCUGGCUACAGAAGGCGUCAUCAUAAAGGUAGCAAAUAUUCGAAACACGGAUCAAAAGGUGGCGAAGACGAGCCUAAUGAAGACGACGAAUCUCCCAGUCACCCAAAGAAACAACACCCUCAUGGAAAUAAGCAUAAACACGGUGGACAAACCGGUAAGCCCGAAGAGGAUACUGAUGAAGAAAUGCGAGGAAAAGGACACGGAGGAAAACACGGUUCAAAAGGUGGCAAAGAGGAGCCUAAUGAAGACGACGAAUCUCCCAGUCAUCCAAAGAAAAAACACCCUCACGGAAAUAAGCAUAAACACAGUGGACAAUCCGGAAAGCCCGGAGAGGAUACUGAUGAAGAAAAGCCAGGAAAAGGAAAAGCACACGGAAGCAAACACGGUCCAGAAAACGGUAGCAAUGGUAAAAAAACAAACUCACAUGGAAAGCCUGGUCGCCGUCACGGAGGAGAAGACAAUGAAUCCACUGAAAAGACCAAAAAACACCCCGGUCAAAGACGCCAUACGCAUCACCGAGGCCAGCCAGAGGGAUCUGAAGAGACACCAAAAGGAAAACAACCAAAUGAAGAAGAUGAACUCCGCCGAAGGAAGGAAUAA